AUCUCAAUAAAUAAAAAUAAGCAGUAAUUAUUUAUUCCCAAUUUCUUGCUGUGUUUUUUCUGUCGAGACGUAGGAAAUCUAAAAGAUGGUUUGCGACAAGUGUGAGAAGAAAUUAUCGAAAGUAAUAGUUCCUGAUAAAUGGAAAGAAGGAGCAAGUAACACUACUGAAAAUGGUGGCCGUAAAAUCAAUGAAAACAAACUUCUUUCCAAGAAAAACAGAUGGUCUCCAUUAGGAACAACCAAGUGCAUCAUCUGCAAGCAGCAAGUACACCAAAAUGGCAAGUACUGCCAUACAUGUGCUUACUCAAAAGGGGUUUGUGCAAUGUGUGGUAAACAAGUACUCGACACCAAGUACUACAAGCAAAGCAAUGUGUAAUAAACGAAAACCAUGGUAACGGCAGACUCUAUGUUGCUGUUUCUUAUGAGGUUCGAUCCUUUGUUUUAGCUGAUUUAGUCUUCCUCUAUGACCCGUUUCGAUUGUAAUGUUGACCUACAUAUUACAACCUUCUUCAUGUCUAUAUUGUUUAAUGCUGAUUAUGAGAGAGCUAUAUCAGCAAUGAAUUCACUUUAAUGUUCCAA